UUUACUUUAUUGAUUCUGAGGGAAACUGGGUUUUGUUACAGCUGUACCAACCAAGAAUAGUGUAGAAAUAUAGCAAUAUAAAACCAUAAAUAAUUAAAUAACAAUAAGUUAAUCAUACCAAGUGGAAAUAAGUCCAGGACCAGCCUAUUGGCUCAGGGUGUUUGAUGGCCACAGGCAGGAAUGACUUCCUAUGACACUCAGUGUUGCAUCUCGGUGGAAUGAGUCUCUGGCUGAAUGUACUCCUGUGCCUAACCAGUACAUUAUGGAGUGGAUGGGAGUCAUUGUCCAAGAUGGCAUGCAACUUGGACAGCAUCCUCUUUUCAGACACCACCGUCAAAGAGUCCAGUUCCACCCCCACAACAUCACUGGCCUUAUGAAUGAGUUUGUUGAUUCUGUUGGUGUCUGCUACCCUCAGCCUGCUGCCCCAGCACAAAACAGCAACCAUGAUAGCACUGGCCACCACAGACUCGUAGAACAUCCUCAGCAUCAUCCAGCAGAUAAUGAAGGACCUCAAUCUCCUCAGGAAAUACAGCAGCGUCUCAUGAGUUGCCUGUCAACAUUGAACUUAGUGUAGGACUGCCUUUAGGGAUUCCAGCCCUGGAUUUUUCCCUCGAGAUUUCCUCUUGGUACGUCCCUGCACCCUCUAAAGCUUCCACGUCCUUCCUAUAAUAACUUCUAUAUAGUCCUUCCAGACUAAUAACGGCCAAAGCGCCAUAUGCCUUCUUCACCUCCCUAAAAACUUGUGUGGCAAUUUUGAGGGAUCUGUGGACGUGAGCCACAAGAUCCCUCAGUUCAUCUACGCUGUUAAGUAUCCUGCCCUUAAUCCUGUAUUCUGCCUUCGAGUUCCAGCUUGCAAAGUGAAUCACUUCACACUUUCCAGGUUUGAACUCAAAAUAAAUUGUAAUUCUGCUAUCUGGCUGGAACCAAAUUCUAGAACUCCCUACAACUGCACGGUAGAAGCUCCUGCAGUAACAAACGGAGCAAGCCAGGGACGUGGUUCUGCAACAGUGAAGCAAUGGGAGACGGGCAACAACCCUUACCGGCAAUUCCCGGGUCCCCCGGAGUGAUUUUCCUGAGGGGCAGCCAUAGAAAAUUCCAUGCGGGAGGUGACGAUUGAAUAUGAUUAUUUGAUUGGAUUGCUUCUCACUCUGGGACAGUUCGCGCGGUAAUGACGGGCUUUGGAGACAGAAUUUGCGUCUGCCCAUCUACCUGUUUCAUGUAGCCAGGAUGUUUCGGUUGACGUCUCAGUGCAGAUGUUUGACGUGUUUUGGGGAGCUCCGGACCAAUGAAAACGUCCAUUUAAAAUUCAGUGCGUUUUACGUAGGCGUAAUUCUUUACGUUUGCAUCUCUGGUGGUUUCCAUGAGUUCAGUUUAAGGGAUGUUCCUCGGCCGGCGCAGUCUACAGCUGAAGGUUCCGAUCUGAAUGAGACGACGUUGACCAGCUGAGAGAGGAGGCGCCGGUGCCGGGGGAAGCUCCCGUUCCCACCCGGACUAUGGUGAAAGCUCUUUGCGAUUUCCUGAUGUGUAUAACCCGAGUAAUCGGGAAGAUCAAGAACCUCCUGUUCUGGGCUCUUGCUUACAGUUUCUGCGGGCUCUGUACCUGUCUGAUUGUGUUAAAACUUCUGUGGCACAUCAUCAGGAACCCGGCAGAAUCCUUCCAACGGACUGACCGCGAAGCCCUCCCCGCUUGCCUGAACGACACGUCCUUGGGAACUCACUGUUACGUACGAAUCAAGGAGUCUGGAUUAAGAUUCCACUAUGUUGCUGCAGGAGAAAGGGGCAAACCACUAAUGCUACUGCUGCAUGGAUUCCCAGAGUUCUGGUUCUCCUGGCGCUAUCAGCUUCAAGAGUUUAAGUGCGAAUUCCGAGUCAUCGCAGUUGACUUACGGGGAUACGGGGAAUCCGAUGCACCCAUCGGUCGUGAAAAUUACCAACUGGAUUGUUUAAUCACCGACAUUAAGGAGAUUGUGGAUUCCCUGGGCUACAAGAAGUGUGUCCUGGUUGGCCACGGCUGGGGUGGACUGCUUGCCUGGUGUUUUGCCAUCUAUUACCCAGAGAUGCUGAACAAGGUUGUUAUUCUGAACUGCCCACACCCUGCAGUUCUUUGUGAUUAUCUGGUGCGACAUCCUUCCCAGCUGAUGAAAUCAAGUUAUUUUUUCUUUUGCCAAGUGCCGUGGCUUCCCGAAUUUGCUCUAACCAUAAGUGACUUCAAGGUGCUGAAGUAUUUAUUCACAAGUCAGAGCACUGGCAUUAGGACAAAAGAGUACAGGAUGACUGCAGAUGAGAUGGAAGCCUAUCUGUACAUAUUUUCCCAGCCUGAAGCUUUCUCUGGACCCCUCAGCCACUUCAGGAAUAUAUUCAGUAGCCUGCCCUUGAACCAGAAUGAGGUGGUGUCACCCACCCUGUUGUUGUGGGGAGAAAACGAAGAAUUCCUGGAAUUCAGAAUGGCUGAGCUCUCAAAAUCCUAUGUGAGGAGUUGUUUCCGACUGACCGUUGUGCCCGAGACCAGUCACUGGCUUCAGCAGGACCAUCCAGAGCUGGUCAACCAUCUGAUCUGGGCAUUUCUGAAGGAAGUUGAUCAGUAAAACCGGCUGUCACUGAAGUAAGGCGCAAAGGUCACGUGACAGCUCCAGUUAAAUGUUUUUUCUGUGCCGUUUACCUGUAGCUAGUUUACCGUUUACAUGUGCUGUCUAAACUCUCUGGUGCUGAAUGAAAGUCUGCUUGUGAGGUUUGUACUUUUAUUGAUGCACUAUUUACAUGUAAUGCUGAGCUGUAACUGUUUAAAGUUGGGGUGUUCCUAAAAUGUCUCUACAAUAUACUUACUAAGAUUCCUAAUGACCUCAUUUCUGUGUUUAUGGUUUGGCCAGGAGGUUAAGACAGAGUCAGGUUAUCUGUUUAAGGGGGUCAUCAAAAAGACCUGUUGUUUUCAGAGCGUUGCUGACAAGUAGGGCAGAAUCGGAAAACUGGAGAUACAGGAGAUAAAGACCUUGAAUUGAAAGAGAUCCAACACCUUUUAAGACAGCAUCAUAGCAUUCAUAUUCCUGAAUCUUUGCACGUGCAAACACCAGCCUUAAAACUUGUAAAUAAGAUAUAGUGACAUCACCAUGUAAAUGAGUGGAACGUACUCUUUACUUUGUGGUGCCUUUCACCAGAUUCUUCCUCAGAAAAUAAACGAUGAGUGCCGUUUCUGGAAAUAUAAAUGGGGAUGUUUAUAUUUUAUAUUCUUAAGUUGUAUAGAUUGAUGUUUUUAUCGACAAGGAUCACGUAUUGAGCAUAUUGCUGUAAUCACAAUUGGGUUUCCAUAUAAAAUGUAUAUAUUCAUCCACAGGAAAAUUUGAACAGCUGUUAUAUUCUAAGUACGAAGGUUAUGGAUUAUUUUCUGAUUAGGAACCAGUCUCUGCAGUGCUCUGUAAGCUACCUAGUUGGUCAUUGAGGAAGGACUGACCUCAUGAAGUUGCCAGGGCUCCAGGGUGGACCAUUUAUAGGAAGCAUGGCACCUCUCAGACCUCGAUACUAGGACAAGGAGCGUAGUUGCAGGGUAAUACCACCACCUGCAGGUUCCCCUGCAAAUCACAAGUCACAUUGACUUGGAAAUCUGAUGCCAUUCCUUCAUCGUUGCUCAGUCUAAAUUUAAGUACAAAGUAUGUUUGUUAUCAAAAAAUGUAUACUAUAUACAUCCUUGAGAUUUGUCUCCUUACAGGCAGCCACAAAACAAAGAAACCCAAUAGAUUCUGUUAAAACAAAAGAAGACAGCUAAACACCCAGUGUGCAGAGAAACUGCCACUCCCUAUCUAAAGGCUUUGCAGGAGUCCCUUCACCAAAAGGGACUAGGCUAGUUCAAUAAAGCAGCUUGCCACUAGCUGAUUCAGGGGCUGUAAUAAAUGCUGCCCUCACUCAUAUCUUGUCAGUGUAUUUAGAAAAAACCUAGCUGAUGUACCACCCUUUACUAGAUAUCAAAAUAUGCAACCUCCCUCUGCAUGAAUCCUGACAGUUCCUUGCAGAGUUGUCAGCGGGGACACACUGACAACGAGUGGAGGUGCUGAGGAAUAGUGGGGACUACAUCGGGAUUUCCUCUGAUCGACAUGAAUUUGUCGUCUUUCCCUGUGAACCAGGUUUAGAGCAGAAAGAAUCUAAAUCAUUGAUGGGAAGUCUGUAAUACAUUGACAAUUAUCCCUGGAUGCACAGUGGUCAGUGGUCUGAAGAAACUAUCUAGGGAAUAGUUUUCUACUUGGCAAACUUUUCUAAGAGCUGUAGGUUUUUAUUUUGAGAUGGUUCCAAAAUCAGAAAAAGUAGACGAAAUUAAAAUGUAAGAAUAAAUUCACUGACUAUUCUAGCAAGCUCUCAUUGGUAGAUACACAACCCCAAGGUUAGUCUUCACAUGUUCCUUCGGUGUAGGACUCUCUCUUGGACACAGCACCAGUGAAUCUUCUUGAUAUUUUCUUUGCAUUUAGAAUGUACUAACAUUUUGGAUUCAAAUUCUUUGGCAAUUUAGUCUAUUAAAAUUUGACAAUUCCUGUUGUCUUGUUUCCAAAGGUGGGCUUGAUUGCACAGUUUAUUUUGUUUGUUGUACCGGCUGUACCUUUCAUGGAUGAUCCCAGACUCAAAACUUUCUUCUCCUUAUCCCUGAGAGCACUCCCUUGCAUCAUCCCUGUACUAGUUAAGUAGAGAGCUGGAGUUCAAUGUUCAUUUCAUGCAAAUCAUGCUGGCUGAUGUCUGAUGUAUUUGUAUUAAUAUUUUUAUUGUGAAAGAGAGUAAUUGUCAUGUUCUGGACUACAGACCUCAGCAGUCUACUCAAUGGCUCUCGGAGUGUGCUCAAAAUAUCAAAGCACUAGCAUGCUAAAUGCACUUAAUCGAAGAGCGUGUUAAUGGACAGGGAAAAAGAAGUCAAAAUAUGAUCGGUUUCUAUUUUCUUUUUUGUUCAACGCAUUUAUUUUUAUGGUUUAGAAAUGAGAGGGUAGAGCAAGGAGAAUAGGGUUUCAAAGGCAAAGUUUAAGGUAAACUCAUUAUCAAAGUGCGUAGAUGUCACCAGAUGCUACCCUGAGAUUCAUCUUCCUGCAGGCAUUCACAAUAAAUACAAAGAAACACAACAGAAUCACUGAAAAACCGCACACAACAAGGCGGACAAACAAACAGGAUGCAAAGGGCAACGAACUGUGCAAAUACAAAAAUUCUAAAAGAACAAACAAAAUUAUAAUAAAUAAGCAAUAAAUAUCAAGAACGUGAGAUGAAGAGUCCUUGAAAGUGAGUCCAUAGGUUGUGGGAACAGUUCAGUGGUGGUGUGAGUGUUAUCCCCUCUGGUUCAAGAAUCUCCAUCCCCACUGAAAUAGCAAUGUUUCUCACCUUGUAGUGAGAGCCUAUAGCUAACUUGUAAGGAGAUUAGAAUCUCUGAGCACACUACCACAGAACCAUGAUACUCUAAAUUUCUGUUAUUUAGAUUAGACCGCAGUGCAGCACGAGCAUAAAUUAUGGAAAUUUAUGUUGAGGACGAUGAACAAAUAAAAGCACUGUGCUGUUCAAACUUUUCUUAAGAAAAUGAUUUUUAUUGAGGUAAAGAUAACAUUCCCAAAAGUGAGCAGAAAGAACAUUUUAUUAAAGUAGGAGAUUGUAUGUAAAUAGGUGACUGAUGGUCAGUACUGACAUGGUGAUCCGAAGGGGCUGUGUCCGUGCUGUAUUCGUGACUCAUAAACAAGAGGUCAACAUGCACACAUAAUGCUGGAGGAAUUCAGCUGGUCUGGCAGCAUCUAUGGAGGAAAAUGGACAGUCACCUUUCAGGCCAUGACUCGGACCGUGGCUUCAUUGACAUGUGACCUGACCUUAUGAGCCUCUCUGUGUAUUUGCCAGGUAGCUCCUUUCCCCUGAUAUUGAAAGACCUGGAGGAUGCAAGUAGUUAGUGGGGGGAGUCCAGCACCAGAGGGCACAGCCUCAGAAUACAAGGAUGUUGCUUCAGAACAGAAAUGAGAAGGAAUUUCUUUCACUCGAGGAUGGUGAAUCUGUGGAAUUCAUUGCCACAGAUGGUUGUGGAGGCCAAGUUGCUGGUUAUAUUUAAAGCAGAGGUUGAUAGGUGUUUGAUUAGUCAGGACGUCAAAGAUUUUGGGGAGAAGGCAGGAGAUUGGGGUUGAGAGGGAAAGUAUGAAUGGCCUAAUUCUGCUCCUGUGUCUUAUGGUCUUAACUUGUACACUGAUGUCAAGCAAAUUGUCAAGAUCCUAUAUCAUGAAGUAUUGGUGUUUUUAAAAAUUGGCGUAUUUCAAUGGUCGAUUAUUUGCUAAUGGUAUUUUUGGGCUGAUACUGUACUGUUUCCUCAGACUUUAAGCCAUUUGGGAUUUUUUGCUUCCAUGAGGAAAUUAAAUGAUGUGAAGGCAGGUGUACUUGAACAAGUCAGGAAUACUGUAAGACCCUAAUGCACUCAGCCUAGUGGCACAGGAUAGAUGGGAACCAAUAUAUUUUUGUACCAAUGCUGUUGUUCAUUUAGAAUGCCCUGUGUUGCUGUUCGGGUUUUAGUUAGAGGUAGAGCGUAUUUCAUGUAUAAUAACCUCCAGUUUACCUUAUAUUUUAUGGAAUAUAUAAAAUAUCGUACUACUACCAAAGAAAGUAAUUUAUUUUUUAAAAGGCCCAUAAUUCCCAUUAUUGGUCGGUUAAAUCAAAUAGAUUGAGAUAAGGUGACAUAUAGUGACAUAUACUAUACUUCUUCAGAAACACAUUAGGAUCAUGUUUUGUAAACAAAGCCUUCUAAGAAAAUGUGAAUUUAUUUGUUCAAAUUAUUGAGUAUAAUUUUAUCACAGUG